UAAUAUUAUGCGAUCAGCUGACAUUGACCGUAGCGAAAACUAUUGACAAAGAACAUUGAUAAAAGCGACGAUGAAUAUGAAAUUACCACCCUACCUUCAAGACGAAGUUGAUGAUCUAAUUCCCUUUGUUAAUGAUGACAUUGACUUUUCUGAAUUUGAGUGGAUGGCAGACCAAGAAUUAGAGGAAUUUGACAAACAAGUAGAAGAGGAGUUUUGGGAGGGUGAGUUCAUUGAGGCAUGUUUUGAGGAGAUGCUCAAAGAGGAGGAAGAGAGAGAAAUGACAUUUUAUCCAUCAUAUCCUGACCACCCCCAUCAGACAAUGGAUUGUCCUAAUAAGGUGUUUUCUAGUAAACUGAACCCUAACGCACCAGAAUUCAUCCCUAGAAAUUCCAAGAAAGGAAAAGCAUAGCCUUGUGACAGACAAGUAGACCACAUUUUUCAAAUAGGGUUGCAUUGAAACAGUUGUGAAUGCAUUAUACCCUAAUUGUCUUUCAUGGAGAGAAAAAAUUACAAAAAAAUGAAUACUCCCAACAUUCUGUGUAUGAUUGCAGAUCUGCAUGUGUUUGUUUUUAUAUGUAUGUUUACUGGUGUUUUGUUUUAAAUCUGUUCAAAUAUCUCCACUAAAGAAAGACUGAGAAAUGAGUCAUGUGCAUAUUGUUUCAUAUUUUAUAAAGUGCUAUGUUGGUGCACAUUUUUUCAGGUAGAUAUUUUUUUUUACUUUAUGUGUGGGACACAUUGAGGACAUUUUGUAUUAUGAAUGUCUAUUUGUUUUUCGCCAAGUGCUCAGUUGCCUUUCCUUGUAUUAGAUAUCUACUAAUGUCAUUUUUUUCCUGAAGAGAACUUUAUAGCAAGAGAAUUAAGCAUUAUUUUUUUGUUCAAGAUAAUUUUCAAAUGUGCAUUAUUGAUAAUUAGAUAAACUGGAGGAAUGAUUUUAAUAUAUAGAUUUGUAAUGAAAGAAAAUGUACAUUGCAAAUACAUAUACACCCUAACAUUGAAAAAAAGUGUAAUAUAUAAAAUCAUUUACUAAUGUAACAUGAAAUUGUAUAAAAAGUAGACUAUGAAACAAUUAAAUGAAUUUCAAUCUAUAUGAUGAAAUAUAAUUUGAGAAAAAAAUAUAUCUACUUUAAAACAUAUUAUUUCCUCCAGUUUAACCGCAAGUAUCUGUUUGGUCAUUAUUGAACAAAGCUCCAGUCAUUUCACAGUCAUGACCCACUGUUAUCAAUACUUAUAAUCAGUACAAUGAGAUGUAUUUGUAUAGAUCUGUCAGUUCAAAACUGUCAAUUUCAUUGUAGGUGCCUUUUAAUUUUCAAAUGGCUUCAUGUUAUUAUUUUUUUCCACUUUAUUGUUUUUUUUAUAUUAUCACAUGGUGCCAACUGACAGUUUUUUAGGAAUAAAUUUUUUUUGAAACAAAAAAAAAAAUUGUGUAUUUUAUGGUGAUUUGAAGUACAUGUAAGGCAGAGGCAAGAAAUAUCAGGGAAUUUUCUUCUGACAGAUGCUCCUUGAUCAAUCCCAGCGGUCAUUAUUUUUCAGUAAAAUGAGUAAAUUGUGGUGAGA